AUGUUUCAAAGUAAGGCGUAUAUUGAACGAAGGCACGGCAAAAAUAGUGCCAACAGAAGCGAAUACCUUGAACAGCUUAUUAACGAAUACAAGACGACCAAUGACAAAGUGGCUAAGCAACAAGUGCUUGCUCAUUUAGCCAACUUUGCCUAUGAUCCAAUUAAUUAUGACCAUUUGUGGAAUCUCUAUGCUGUGGAUUUAUUCCUGGAAGCUAUUACUGACCCAGAUCCAUUGCUUCGUGAGUUUGGAAUGGGCGGUUUAGCCAACAUUUGUUUAGAACCACGUCACUAUGAAUAUAUCAUGUCUCAGCCUUCUUUUAGACAGAAUAUUAUCAGUUGCAUUGACAACACCUGGACAAAGAAUAUAAAGAUUAAUGCCAUGACAACCCUCAUGCUGCUCAUUACUGAAGAAAAUUACUCUGUUCUUUUGACAGACGAACUAAAGAAUCGUUUGCUAAAUAUCAAAAACAACGACAAAGACAAACAGACUACUAUGCUAGCUUCUUUAUUCCUUGCUGACUAUUAUCACUGCUGA